UCUCCAACGGCACACACACACACACUCUCACACACACAGUGCUCGUUAAUAGGCUCCAGAUGCCUUUACCGAAAACGCACGUCUGCAGGCUGUGUGGAUUGCCUCUUCGCAUGUGAAUCACGCAGAUGUGAAUCUAUCUUUCUGUCUCCGACUAAAAAGAAGAUUAUGGGGUUGUGUGCGAUUCCAGAACACGUGGGGAGCUUAUUUGCCAGGCUGGCGGCGGUGCGCCCGUCCUCCCUGUGAUGGAGGAGCGCGGCGGUGGUGCAUCGGUGGAAAUGAGUGAGAGGUGCAGAGGAGAUAAUCAAUGAAGACACAGAGGGCUCCCGUGCGUUUGGGCAAGGUCGGAGUCUAGCCUGGAUGAGAUUAUGUCCAUGCGGGGACAACAAGGACCGACUUUUACGCUUCCUCGCGGGAGAAGGGGUCGCCUGGAGAUGUCGCCUGCAAACCAAGAGUUUUUCCUCUCCGUGUUAGAUUGCUGAGGCAGCAAAAAUCCCUCCAUCUGCGUGAUCACGGUUGAGCUUUAUUUUUGACAACCUUCAAGCUGCUUGGCUUCUUUCUUGUCUCCCUCAGCCCGGAAAUAAAGUUUCUGUCGCUCUGCUCGACGUGUGGGUGAUCUAUUCGGCCACUGGUUCCUUUAAUCGCACGCAGGUGAACCCAGUUUUGUGAUUUGUUGGCGGCUGCUGGUUAAAGACAGGGGAGUGGAGGGGGCAGCGGUGGGUUGAAUUCCAUCGGAGCAGCAGCAUCACAACAGCGGCGGCCAGCUGUGUUUCCGGACGGUCACAUCUGUCGUUGUUUUGUCGUCGCUGUCCAUGGUGCUGAACUCGUGCUCCAGGAAUGGUGGAGACGCUGAGUAUCGCAGUCAUCGGUGCUCCCGGAGUGGGGAAAACUUCUAUAAUCCGCCAGUUCAUCUAUAACGAUUUCUCGGAGGUGUACACGCCGACCAGGACCAGAUAUGUGUACAGACCCUCCGUCAUCCUGAACGGGAACAUGUAUGAGCUGAAGAUUUUGGACGUCCCGCCAAUCUCCUCCUUUCCAUCCAGCUCCAGUCAGGAGUGGCUGGAUUUGCGCUGCAGAGGUGUUCGCAACGCCAACGCCUACAUCCUGGUGUAUGACAUCUGCUGCGUGGAGAGCUUUGAAUACGUCAAGAUGAUCCGACAGCAAAUAGUGGAGCACAGGGAAGGCAGCAGCAGUGAGGUGCCAAUCCUGGUGGUGGGCAACAAGAGAGAUCUACAGCGACAGCGAUUCAUGCCUCGCAGGGCGGUGUCAGUCCUGGUGAAGAAGACCUGGAAGUGUGGCUAUGUGGAGUGCUCUGCCAAGUUUAACUGGCAUGUAGUACUGCUCUUCAAAGAGCUGCUGGGCAUCGCCGUGACACGGGGCAUGCGGCAGAACCACACCGCCAUCCGUCUGCAGGGGGCGCUACAGAGGAAUCGCUGCACCAUCAUGUGACCCAGAGAGCUCUCUCCACCCCUCUCACCUCAGGAGUGGAAGCGGCAAUGGAGAAUAAAAAGACUUCUUAUCUAAAUGGCUGGAAAAAUACCCUGUGGCCUCCUGCUUUACUGAGCUGAUUUUUCAUAAUGAGGUUUAUUAGUCUCUUGCGCUGUAAAAGACACUUACAUUUCUCACAUGGUCAUCCAACCACUUCCUAGCCCGAUUCUGCCAAAUGUGUAAAUGCAAGGAAGGAGGUAGUAGAGAAAGCAGUGGAAAACAGUACAACUAACAUAGCACAGUCAUUUUUCCUCACAUCAAGACAGUUACUCAUUUGAGGCUGUGCUUCCCAAA